GCAAGCGGUGGUGUGGUGGGGUCAGUCUGGAGCCGAGGGCCUCCUCCGGCCCAGCGACCACACGGCCGCCAUGGCGAGGGGGGGCAGCCGGGAGGAGGCAUCCCCACACGUCCCGACCUUAUUCGCGAGCUGUGCAAGGACUGUGGGCAAGAACAUGUCGAGGCUGGAGCAGGAGGUGUGGGAUUUGCCCACGACUGUUCUCCAACAACUGCUGCCGUUCCUCACUAUUUAUGACUUGGAGAGGAUCGAGGGGGCAGCGGUGAAGAAAGGUGUUUCAACUCAGACCCUUUGGCUACAACUUUGGAAGAAAGUAAUAGGGACAAACCCUAAAGUUAGAAAGAAACCUUUCAACUGGAGGCAAAAAUUCCUACAAACAUUCUUCCACUGUAUCUUGUGGGGAACAUUGGAUAUCUCAGAUGAUAAACGUUUAAAUAACUCUCGCUCUUCUGCCUUGGUUCUUGGUUGCCAACACGUAAAUAAGCUAGUUAUACGGAAUAAGCUGCAAGGAGUGAAAGAAAUCAUCAAUAAUCCAAACAUCUGUGGUCCUUUGACCAGCACGGUGCAAAAACUGGUGUUUCAACAUCUGCGGUCCGUGGACCAAACAUUACAACACUCUUUGCUGACUUUACUUCAUAGACUUAUUCAUUAUGGAGUUGUGAGGGAGGUAAUUUUAUCACACUGGAAUGAGCCACAUCCUGAAUUGCUGACUCUGAUAUUGAGGAUGAGUGCAGGGAAUUUGUGUGAGAAGGAAGAGUGUCUGAGAGCGGGUUCUUGUGAAAAGUACAGAUUAAAAGUGAACACUGAAGAAAUGGAUCCAACAAUUCAGAGAAACAUAUUGGACUCACAGUAUCAACAGGCAUGCUACACAUCAUCUGACUGUACAUUCAUUGAUACUGAAAGCCAGUGUGAUACAGAUAAAUGCAUGUCUCCGAGUACUAAGGAGUCUUCAGAGAAUCUAUCACCUCUAAAUUCGCAAAGUGUAACUUCUGAAAAUAUAUCUUUGGAGGGAAAUGGUAGAGUUAUGGGAAAGUCUGAUUGUUAUAAAGCACAUAAUUAUGCUUUUGGUUGUCUGUUGCCAUCUUCAAAAAGGCUUACUGAUAUGCAUGAUGAGGUGUCUGAAGAAUCGAGGAAUGCUUCUCAAACUGAAACAAAUGAAAAGGCAGAUGACCUCUAUGAUUAUAUUUUCAUGAUGGAUGGCAGUGAAUCUGACACUGAGAAGAACCUUUCGUGUACCGAUGAAAACCAAACUAAGAACAUUUCAAACUGUUUGAACAACAAUGAUUUAUUUGGUAGUGAAUCACUCCUCAACCACACUUUCGAGCUCCAUUUGAGGAACGUAUCAGUGUUGGAAAUUACAUCAAUACCAUUGUCCUACACUUCUUCAUUGGUGUUAUGCAAAUUGCUCCGCUCAUGGGUAUCGCUUCAGAAACUAGUUUUGGAAUAUAAUGGCUUGGGUCGUGCCAUCUUUCUGGUUCUAAAAGAACUCUGUGCCCUCUCACGCUGCCGUGACAGUAGCCUCUCCACUCUUGUACUAGCGGAUCAUGUCCUUCACCUUCCCGUGGUGAAGCUGGUGAAAUUCAUACUUAGUACCUUCCCCGCACUGCACAAGCUCCACAUAGACUUCCUACUGGAGGUAGAAAACGAGCCUCUGGAAGAUGAGAUGUUGAUGACCAGGGCAGAGAUGACAGUUUGCUGUUUGGAAGAUUUUAGUCUUAAUUGCACAAGCAAGACUCUGCAGGUGGACCACCUCUUGCCUGUCUUAAGAAAAUUAAAGUCCCUUAAACACCUCUGCCUGCGCAGGGCAUCGUUCAAAUCUCCUGAGGACCUCAGUAAAUUGCUGCUGACAAUCACAGACCACCUUUCUACAUUAGAAUCGCUCACCAUUCAAGAUGUGAACCUCACAGUUUGCUUGACGGAUGUUCUGGAUCUUAUGCGGACCGCCCCUCUCAAAGGUUUAACAUUGGAUAAUUGUCGUUUGUUUGAAAGGCAUCCAGCAGAAACUCUACCCAAAAUUAUCAGUGUGCUAAAGCAAAACCAGUCACUGACAUCUCUAUCUUUACCAGCGAAUCGAUUAGGCAACAAAGGUUUGCUGUCCCUCGCAAAAGUCUUCUCUCAGGAUUCUUUAUCGUGUAUCUCCUGCCUGAAUGUGAGUGCAAACUGUAUUGGAGGAGAUGGACUGCUUGCGUUUGCAAAGCUCUUGCUGAGCUCUGAAUCAGGCAGUGAGCUGGAGCUGAAGCUGAAAGAACUAAAUGUCAGUGAGAACCUAUUCUUCAAAGAUUCUGCACUUGCCCAAAAGGCACUUGAACUCUUACAAAACAAGUGUCACGUGAUCACAGCGCAGUACUUCACUGACCCAUUACAAGCCUUUGCUGACCAUGUCAGUAUGAUGUAGAUAUUUCCAGGAUGGAGGAAGAAACAAAUCCAGCGGCCUAGUGUUCAGCAAAUUACAAAUGGAAUAAAAAAGCCUUAUAAAAGCCGAUUGUUUUAAAGGAAUCCCAAACAUGGACUUUUUAUUAUUUAAAAAUCCUAUCCAUUUGCCAGAUACCCUUUAAUUGUAAAUAUAUGAAAGCUUACCAUUUUAUGGAAAAGGAAAAACAUCAGCCGGUAUUCCAAAUCACUGUCGAUUGAUUGAACUUUGCUGGAAAGAGUGCGUGGCCUUGAGAACAGGAUCAGACUUGUCCACGUCAUCUAUUUUACUGAAAAGUACUACUCAAUCUCACACUUGAAAGGCAACAAAGUGCUACCGGCCCUUGUGAAACCUGCUUCCAGCAGAACUUAUUGCCUUCAGGAGAGGAGCAAAGAAAAUUUGGCAAACCAAACAUUCAAAGGUUCAGAUUACAGGAAAGUUCUCCACUGAAAUGGAUAUUCUGAUAUCUCAAUACACAGUUCCAUUUGAGAAAGAGAGUUUUCUGGUCAGAUAUAACUCCUGUGAAACAUUGUGAAGAUGAAAAACAAGCAUUUUUAGUUGUGUUUUUAUGAAGGACUUUCAACCUACAGUCUGCUGUAAAGACUGAUCUUAAACUGGUAAAUUACCAAUUGAUACAUUUCACUUUGAUCCUAUUAUGCCAAACAUUACCAUUGUUACUUUUUGUAAAUAAAUAUUGAUAAUAAACUGUAGCAA